GAAGCAGUAGCACUCCAUGAUGUCGACACCAUGGGCCGACCAACCGUACUCGCUUCUCAGCACUGAUGUGCCGGCGGACAAGGCCAAUGCCCAUCCAGGCUCUAUUUUUGUGUUCAGCUCCAUGUGCUUAGCACAUAAUAUGUUCUUACGCCAUCUCAACUCCAUUUAUCUUCAAGCUACUGGUGUACAUGAGCCCAAAGACAUCCGGGACUUCCUCUUCUACUGCAAAGCAUGGGCGGAAGAACUCAGGCUACACCACGACGCGGAAGAAGGCAAAUUCUUCCCCCUGCUUGAUAAACUGACCGGAGUCGAAGGCAUUAUGGCGAAGAGUGAGCAGCAGCAUCAUGCUUUUAUGGGCGGCGUCCAUAAGCUCUCUCAGUAUGCCACGAAAACAUCACCAGGCGAAUAUAGCGGAACGGAGGUACGAAAAAUCAUUGACGAGUUUGCGCCAUUGUUGCUCGUGCAUCUUCGGGAAGAACCCCUGGACCUGCUGGAGGUCGGUGAACUGUGUGGAGGAGCCGUGUUUAAAGAACAGUGGGACAAUUUUGAAGCCGGUUUUAUUAAAGAAGUGUUGGCUACGGGAGAUAAACACAUUUUGCUUCCUCUGGCUUUUGGACUGAAUGACCAGGAUUUUGAAGGAGGAAAAUAUGCCAAAUGGCCGGACUUCCCCUUUUUCGUCCCGCUCUUGACUCGUGCCUACUAUGCGAGAAAAUAUGCUGGCUCGUGGAGAUUCCUCCCCUGUCGGAACCGGAAGCGACGGAAGCUGGAGUUUUUGGGAGAAGGCUGGCAAAGCAAGACGGAGUCUCCUACAGACCAGAGCCAUGGAAGGUGAUAUGGCACGAUUUCAGCCCGAAGUUGUUGGUUGGAUUGAAAAUAUUUAAUAUGUGUGGUAGAAAUAAUCGACGGUUUCUUUCGAGAUAGAAAGUGAUAUCCACCUCUGUUUAUUGGCCCAUCCGGAGAUGAAUCGAAGUUGGGUAG